UGUCCCAAAAAAUCAGCUGCUCGCGCUGUCAGAUGAAGAGAAAGCGAAGAAAACAAAGUUUUCCUGCAGUUUUGAGUUAGGAAAUUAAUUAGAGAGAAGAUAUCACAUCGAAGACCAGUGAAAAGAAUUUUGUACGCGUGUUUUUGAUACAAAACUGUGAUGGCUCUAGUGAGAAUUCCAGAACAGAAGAUAAUCCUCUGUGGAGAAUACGGCGUGGGGAAGAGCAGCCUCUUCCGCAGAUUUCUCAACAAUACUUUCGUGCCAACGUCCAACCGGCAGUCGACGCUGGGUCUGGACCACUUCGACAAGAGCUACGCGGUGGGCGACAAGGAGAUCAAGCUGCAACUCUGGGACACGGGCGGAAUGGAGAGAGUGGCUUCAAUAACGUCGAGUUACUACAAGUUCGCCGAGGCUGCAAUUCUUGUAUUCGCCCUGGACAAUGCCACUAGUUUCCACUCUCUAUCCCAGCACAUGCUGGAGAUCGUGACGUAUGCUGAGAAUGCCAAAAUCUACCUGUGCGGCAACAAAUCCGACCUGGAGUCAGCCAACACGCCCCAAGUCACGGACGCGGACAUGGAGGCGUUCUGCGAGCAGUGCCAUAGCCUCAUCAGUGCGACCUACAAGACGUCCUGCAAGACUGGCGACGGUGUCGAGGAGAUGUUCAAGGACAUCGCCACACACCUGGUCACCCUGAAUCGCUCCCGCUUCGAGUUGCAAGCGCUGGAGCAGCACGGCUUCAAGAUCGAGCCGGCCGAAGAGGGGCGCGACCCGUCGUGUAUAUGCUAAAACUACCAAAUCCCGCCA